AUGCGCAACGGUCGCUCCAUCAUCCUGACCUCGCACAGCAUGGAAGAGUGCGAGGCACUCUGCACACGUCUGGCCAUCAUGGUCAACGGCGAGUUCAAGUGCAUCGACUCGCCGCAGCACCUCAAGAACCGCUUUGGCUCUGGCUACACGAUGACUGUCAAGCUGCAGCGCGAUCUCUCUGCUGGCGCACGUGAGCCGGACACCUUCCCCGUCAAGCAGUUUGUGCACGAAACCUUCCCCGGCGCAGUUCUCAAGGAGGAGCACCAGGGUGCCCUGCACUACGAGAUUGCGACUCCCGAGCAGUCGGGCAGCUCUGCAGUCAAGUCUCUCUCCUGGGCGUUCAUCUUUUCCAAGAUGGAGGAAGCCAAGCGCAUGGACCCCAUCGAAGACUAUGGCGUGUCCCAAACCUCUCUCGAGCAAGUCUUUAUUGAAUUUGCCAAGCGUCAACAAGGAGUGUACCUGACUCAGGUCAAGCAACUGUCGGUCGCAUCCAGCAUUGGGCCAACGUACUACAGUAGAUGGUACAGGUGCUGGCUCGUUGCUGAUGGGAUUCUCACGCCUCAGCUGGCGGACGCCAUUUUCAUGGCAUUUGUUCGAGCAUUUGCAGUGCUUUCAGAAAGCUCGAGAUGA